UUUUUCUUCUUUUCUUUCUCUUUUCUCCACUUGUAUAUAUCGAUAUACCUCUGUCACUUGACUUUUUCAAGCUGGCUGCUGAGUCCACACUUUCCAUUUUUGUGCUCUACAAGUUGGUUGCUAAUGGAGUUGGUAGUGGAUUCAGGGGUGAGGAAGAUGGAGGGGGAGGCAAUGAGGAGGAACCAAACACUAAUUUGUGCACCAAUCAUGGCAGACACAGUGGAUCAAAUGUUGAAUCUAAUGCAAAAGGCUAAAAUUAGUGGUGCUGAUCUUGUGGAAGUUCGAUUGGAUAGCUUGAAAAGCUUUAAUCCUCAAUCAGAUAUCGAUACUAUUAUCAAACAGUCCCCUUUGCCUACCCUUUUCACUUACAGGCCCACUUGGGAAGGGGGUCAGUAUGCUGGUGAUGAAGUGAGUCGACUGGAUGCACUUCGAGUAGCAAUGGAGUUGGGAGCUGAUUACAUUGAUGUUGAGCUAAAGGCUAUUGACGAGUUCAAUACUGCUCUACAUGGAAAUAAAUCAGCAAAAUGCAAAGUUAUUGUUUCUUCUCACAACUAUGAUAAUACACCAUCAUCUGAGGAGCUCGGCAAUCUAGUAGCAAGAAUACAGGCAUCUGGAGCUGACAUUGUGAAGUUUGCAACAACUGCACUGGAUAUCAUGGAUGUUGCACGUGUAUUCCAAAUUACUGUACAUUCUCAAGUAAGCGGC